UCUAGGGAUGAAUUUCUAAUUUCAGACUCACAUUUCAAGAUUGCCUUUUUCUUCUCUCAAGGAACAUGGUAAGCUUCUAUAUUCAAUAUGUAGCAUUAAAAUGUAAAUAUAUUUUAUUCAGUAGAUAUACAGUAGCAUUUAUGAAAUGUCAUGUUGCUUUCUUUCAGAGGAUGAGCAGAAACCUAGGAUAGAUAAUACUCUGAUUGAACAGAUUGUCAAUGCAUCCAUUCACCAUAUAUGUGGCUGUCAGUGAAGGAUAGCUAAUUUAGAUGAUGAAACAACUUGUCUUUUGCCUCCAGAAGGGUCAUCAUGAAAAUACCAAGAUUCUUCUUCUUUGCAUUUUUAUUGAACGUAUCUUGUGAUUCUCAAAUCACAUCCAUGGAGAACAGUACAGAAGUGACUGAAUUCAUCCUGUUAGGACUAACCAAUUCCCCAGAAAUACGGGUCCCUCUCUUUAUCAUGUUCACCCUCAUCUACCACAUCACUCUGAUUGGGAACCUGGGGAUGAUCCUGUUGAUACUGCUGGACUCUCAUCUCCACACUCCCAUGUACUUUUUCCUCAGUAACCUGUCUCUGGCAGAUUUGUGUUACUCUUCAGCUGUCACUCCUACAGUCAUGGCUGGGUUUCUUCUAGGACACAAGGUCAUCUCCUACAAUGCAUGUGCUGCUCAGAUGUUCUUUUUUGCAACCUUUGCCACGGUGGAAAAUUACCUCUUGGCCUCCAUGGCCUAUGACCGCUAUGCAGCAGUGUGCAAACCCCUGCAUUACACCACCACCAUGACAACAGGUGUGUGUGCAUGUCUGGCCAUAGGUUCCUAUGUCUGUGGGUUCCUGAAUGCCUCCAUCCACAUUGGGAUCACCUUCAGCCUCUCUUUCUGUGAAUCCAAUGUGAUCCAUCACUUUUUCUGUGAUGUUCCAGCAGUCAUGACUCUGAUUUGUUCUGAUAAGCAUAUCAUUGAACUGAUUCUUAUUUUUAUUUCAACCUUUAAUAUCUUUCUUGCACUUUUUGUUAUCUUGAUUUCCUACCUGUUCAUAUUUAUUACCAUUUUGAAGAUGCCCUCAAGACAGGGAUACCAGAAGGCUUUAUCUACCUGUACUUCUCACCUUGUUACAGUUUCCAUAUUUUAUGGGACUGUCAUUAUUAUGUACUUACAGCCAAGUUCCAGUCAUUCCAUGGACACAGACAAAAUCGCAUCUGUGUUCUAUACCAUGGUCAUCCCCAUGCUGAACCCUGUGGUCUACAGCCUGAGGAACAAAGAGGUCAAGAGUGCAUUCAAGAAGGUUGUUGAGAAGGCAAAACUGUCUCUGUUUUGUUGUAAUGCAUAGAGUCUGCAAUAAGUUAUUUCAUU